AUGACAAGACACGAGCGCUCAAAGGUGGCACCGCGAAAGUCGUGGUAUUCCAUGACAAAGGUGUUGAUUUGUAGUCGGGCGCUACAUAGCACGCUCGUGACAACAACUCAACAAGAUGAGACCGAUCUGCUGGUCAGCAAGAUGUCGCGUGCUCGCAGUCCAAAACGACGAGCAAUUGCAAUUCAGGAAGUUCCGCAAGCUACACCAGAUGUCAAGCCACUCGCCAAGCUUCUCGUGUUCCGGAAGACUAAGCGAGAGAUGGACAAAGAGCGACAAGCUUGUGAGCAGCUACAGAACAAUGAACGUCGCGUUGACGAAGUCAAAGUCCAUGAGUGCAUUACAAUGAAACGUGCAUGUCCGAAAUGUGCACGAACACUCGAGUGGACUUGCCGAAGGACGUCGCAGUACUUGCAGACAAGAUCAAGAGGACUGCGUACACAAUCGAGACGCCGCUUGCUGUUUUAA